AACCAAAAUUUACAAAAACAAGUGGCUCUCGUUUCUACUAGAUCCUUGAUCCAUAUCUAGCAUUACCCCAAGUAAUUUCUCAACAAAAUCCACCGAAGUUGCAUUGAAUUGGGUAAAGACAGAAAAUUUUGAUGAAUGAGUUCCAAUAAAGAUAGCGACUCUGAGAACAGCCUCCAAAGCGAGAAGAAGAUCAAGAAGUCAAUUCUUCCAAAGAUUUUCGGAUCAAGACGAUGUGGUAAAGAAGAAGAAGAAGAUGCAUCAUAUAAUAUGAACAACAGAGGAGAUAAUGAUGACCAAGACCACUAUCGAGUUUUCAAUGAUUUUGAGCGACGAAUGGCUUCUCGAAAGAAAUCGAUUCUUGACAACACUUCUCCAAUGAUUUGGAAGACUGUUUCUGAGAGAAAGUCAAGUCCUGGAAUUGAAGGCUUGAAUCUAUCGAGUUUCGAUAGGCCUAUGGCACCAACAACAGAGAUUCGUGAACUCAGGGUGUUUCUAGCUACGUGGAACGUAGGAGGAAGAACACCAAACAAUGAUCUUAACCUCGAAGACUUCUUACUCGUUGAAGGCACAGCAGAUUUAUAUAUCUGUGGGUUUCAAGAGAUUGUUCCUCUAAGUGCAGGAAACGUAUUAGUAGUUGAGGAUAACGAGCCUGCAGCUAAAUGGUUAGCUCUAAUAAGUCAAGCUUUAAACAAACCGAAACAAGAAUCUGUUUAUUCGAAUGCAGCUUUCUCUGCUUCAAGAACAACUACUUGUAGUAGUAGUAGUUGUGGUAGUGAAGAAUCAAGAACACCAAGUAGUCUAAGUUUCUUUCAAAGACCGAAUCUUAAAGUUUUGAGCAGAAACUAUAGAGUCGAUUCAAGUCUUUUAAAGACUUGUAAUUGUCCGGUUAUCGAUACUUCGGUUGGUUGGGAAGCGAGGAGAUCGAAAAGGUUUAGUGAUCCUAGUACAGAUAGUAGUAACAAUGUGGAGCCUGAGAACUUUAGGGUUCAUGAGAAUUUCUUAUUUGAUGAUGUUCCUGCGACUACGAAGAUGCCAGGACAAAUGAGUUAUCGAUUGAUCGCGAGUAAACAAAUGGUUGGUUUGUUUUUGUCUGUUUGGGCUAGAAGAGAGUUGAUUCCACAUAUAUCUCAUCUUAGACUUGAUUCUGUUGGGAGAGGAAUCAUGGGUCGCUUAGGGAACAAGGGAUGUAUUGCUAUAAGCAUGUCAUUGCACCAAACGAGCUUUUGCUUUGUGUGUAGCCAUUUGGCUUCUGGUGAGAAAGAAGGUGAUGAGCUGAGAAGAAACGCAGACGUAGCUGAGAUUCUGAAACAUACUCAAUUCCCUAAACUCACCAAGAACCCUAAUUGUCACGCCCCCGAAAGAAUCGUUGAUCAUGACCGAGUGCUUUGGCUUGGAGAUUUGAAUUACAGAGUUGCAUUAACCUAUGAAGAGACGAGAUUAUUACUAGAAGACAAUGAUUGGGACACUCUUCUUGAGAGAGACCAGCUAAACAUGGAAAGAGGAGCAGGAAGAGUCUUUUCGGGAUUUCAAGAAGGUCAAAUCUUCUUUGCUCCAACCUAUAAGUACUCUCAGAACUCAGAUGCUUACGCCGGAGAAAUGACCAAGUCCAAGAAAAAACGCCGUACUCCUGCUUGGUGUGAUCGGAUUCUAUGGAGAGGAGAAGGAAUAGAACAGCUUUCAUAUAUUCGCGGCGAAUCGCGGUUUUCAGAUCAUAGACCGGUUUGCGCCAUCUUUGCAGUAGAAGUUGAUGUGAAGAGUCUGAACAAAGGUAGAUUCAGGAAAGGUUAUUCUUGUGCGGCUGCAAGAUUGGUUGAAGAUUGCAUUCCACAAAGGCAUAGUUUUUAUGACUAAGAUUGUUACAAUUCUUUUUGAAAACAAAAAAAUUGAUUAAAA